GCGGCUGGAGACGGGGAGCGGUUACCAUGAGAACGGCGGUCGCCCGGAUGUGAGCGCGAUGCCGGCCGAAGCUGCCGGGGAUCGACCGGUGCCCAAGUGACAUGGGGGGCGGCUAGGGUAGCCUAAGCGGGUCCGCAAGCAUGGAGGAGCCGGGCGAGCCGGCCGGAGAGGCAAACUAUGCAAGUAGCCCCCGGAUCCCAGUUGCUGUUGACGGGGCAGCUCUACAGCCUAAAGGUCCGUCCAAACAGACCGUCCUUUCCUGGCAAGCCGCGAUCGAUGCUGCCAGACAAGCCAAGGCUGCCCAGAACAUGAGCGGCACGGAACCCCUGCCGGUAGGAUCGCUGUCCCAAAAGAAACGGCAGCAGUAUGCGAAGAGCAAGAAGCAGGGCGGCGGAUCCACCAACAACCGAGCGGGCCGGGCCCUCUUCUGCCUGUCCCUCAAUAACCCCAUCCGCAGAGCCUGCAUCAGCAUAGUGGAGUGGAAACCGUUUGACAUCUUUAUACUAGUGGCUAUUUUCGCCAAUUGCGUGGCCUUAGCUGUUUAUAUCCCUUUCCCUGAAGAUGAUUCCAACUCAACCAACCACAACCUGGAAAAAGUCGAAUAUGCCUUCCUCAUUAUUUUCACGAUCGAGACGUUUUUGAAGAUCAUGGCCUACGGGUUAGUGAUGCACCCCAACGCCUACGUCCGCAACGGGUGGAAUCUGCUGGAUUUUGUUAUAGUCAUCGUAGGGUUGUUCAGCGUAGCGUUGGAGCAAUUAAACUUUGGAGCCAAAGAAGUUGAUGGAGUGAACCAUUCGGUGGGUAAAUCGGGGGGAUUUGAUGUGAAAGCACUCCGAGCGUUCCGAGUCCUGCGCCCCCUCCGCCUGGUGUCCGGAGUGCCCAGUUUACAAGUCGUGCUGAACUCCAUCAUUAAAGCCAUGGUGCCGCUCCUCCACAUCGCCCUCCUCGUCUUAUUCGUUAUCAUCAUUUAUGCUAUUAUCGGACUGGAGCUUUUUGUGGGAAAAAUGCACAAAUCGUGUUUCGUCGCCGGCAGCGACAUCCUUGCUGAGGAAGAGCCGGCUCCUUGCGCCUUCUCAGGGAACGGACGCGUUUGUCCCGUUAACGGCUCCGAAUGCAAGAGCGGCUGGCCCGGACCCAACGGCGGAAUCACCAACUUCGAUAACUUCGCGUUCGCCAUGUUAACGGUUUUCCAGUGCAUCACCAUGGAGGGCUGGACGGACGUUUUAUACUGGGUGAACGAUGCCAUAGGAUGCGAAUGGCCGUGGGUCUAUUUUGUUAGUCUAAUUAUCCUUGGCUCGUUCUUCGUUCUUAAUCUGGUUCUCGGUGUGCUCAGUGGCGAAUUCUCCAAGGAGAGAGAGAAGGCGAAAGCCCGAGGCGACUUCCAGAAGCUACGAGAGAAGCAGCAGCUGGAGGAAGACCUGCGCGGCUACUUGGACUGGAUCACCCAGGCCGAGGACAUCGACCCCGAGAACGAGGAGGAGGGCGUCGAGGAGGUCAAACGCAACACGAGCAUGCCGACCAGCGAGACCGAAUCUGUGAACACGGAGACGGUGGGUGACGGCGAGACCCCCGGCUGCUGCGGCAGCGUCUGCCAAUCCGUGUCCAAGUCUAAGUGCAGCCGGCGCUGGCGUCGCUGGAACCGAUUUAAUCGCAGAAGGUGUCGGGCGGCCGUGAAAUCCGUGUCGUUUUAUUGGCUGGUUAUUAUUUUAGUUUUUCUCAACACGCUAACCAUCUCUUCAGAACAUUAUAACCAACCCGAUUGGCUGACACAGAUACAAGAUAUCGCGAAUAAGGUUCUGCUGGCGUGUUUCACGUGUGAGAUGCUGGUGAAGAUGUACAGCCUCGGCCUCCAAGCGUACUUCGUCUCCCUGUUUAACCGCUUUGACUGCUUCGUGGUGUGCGGCGGCAUCACGGAAACCAUUCUGGUGGAGCUGGAGAUCAUGUCCCCUCUGGGGAUCUCGGUGUUCCGAUGCGUUCGCCUGCUGCGGAUCUUUAAAGUGACUCGGCACUGGGCGUCCCUCAGCAACCUGGUCGCCUCCUUAUUGAACUCCAUGAAGUCCAUCGCGUCCCUGCUGCUCCUGCUCUUCCUCUUCAUCAUCAUCUUCUCCCUGCUGGGGAUGCAGCUUUUUGGGGGCAAAUUUAACUUCGACGAAACCCAAACCAAGCGAAGCACGUUCGACAACUUCCCGCAGUCCCUGCUCACCGUGUUCCAGAUUUUGACAGGGGAAGACUGGAACGCGGUUAUGUACGACGGGAUAAUGGCGUACGGCGGCCCGUCCUCCUCGGGGAUGAUCGUUUGCGUUUACUUCAUCAUCCUCUUCAUCUGCGGUAACUAUAUCUUGCUGAACGUCUUCUUGGCCAUCGCUGUGGAUAACCUGGCGGACGCCGAGAGUCUGAACACCGCGCAGAAGGAGGCCGCCGAGGAGAAGGAGAAGAAGAAAAGUGCCCGGAAAGAGAGCGUCGAAAAUAAAGCGGCAGAGAAAUCGGACAACAACAAAAAGAAAGCCAUAGACGCCAAGGUGACGGUGGAUGAAGAGAAUGAAGACGGGGAAUGUCCGGAGCCAGCAGAUGAGGAUGACGAGGAGGAGCCGGAGGUUCCUUCUGGCCCUCGGCCUCGGCGAAUGUCCGAGCUGAACAUGAAGGAGAAGAUCACGCCGAUUCCCGAAGGAAGCGCCUUCUUCAUCUUCAGCAACACCAACCCGAUCCGCGUGGCGUGCCACAAGCUGAUAAACCAUCACAUCUUCACCAACCUCAUUCUAGUUUUCAUCAUGCUGAGCAGCGCGUCGCUGGCGGCCGAGGACCCGAUCCGCAGCCACUCGUUCCGGAACAUCAUUCUGGGGUACUUUGAUUAUGCUUUCACAGGGAUCUUUACCGUUGAAAUCUUCUUGAAGAUGCUAACGUUCGGAGCGUUUCUUCACAAAGGCUCCUUCUGCCGGAAUUACUUUAAUUUGCUGGAUUUGCUGGUCGUUGGCGUCUCGCUGGUUUCCUUCGGCAUUCAAUCCAGCGCCAUUUCCGUGGUGAAGAUCCUGAGGGUCCUGAGGGUCCUCAGACCCCUGAGAGCCAUCAACCGAGCGAAAGGACUCAAGCACGUCGUGCAGUGCGUGUUCGUGGCCAUCCGGACCAUCGGCAACAUCAUGAUCGUGACCACCUUGCUGCAGUUCAUGUUCGCCUGCAUCGGGGUCCAGCUCUUUAAGGGCAAGUUUUACCGCUGUUCGGAUGAAGCAAAGCAGACGCCCGAGGAGUGCAAGGGGAAAUACAUCGUCUACAAGGACGGGGACGUGAAUAAUCCGUCCAUCCGCGAGCGGCACUGGCACAACAGCGACUUCAACUUCGACAACGUGCUGUCCGCCAUGAUGGCGCUUUUCACCGUCUCCACCUUUGAAGGCUGGCCGUCACUCCUCUACAAAGCCAUCGACUCCAACGGGGAAAACGUCGGCCCCGUAUACAACAACCGCGUGGAGAUCUCCAUCUUCUUCAUCAUCUACAUCAUCAUCAUCGCCUUCUUCAUGAUGAACAUCUUCGUGGGUUUCGUGAUUGUUACGUUUCAAGAGCAGGGAGAAAAGGAGUACAAGAACUGCGAGCUGGACAAGAACCAGCGACAAUGCGUGGAAUACGCCCUGAAAGCUCGCCCUUUGAGACGAUAUAUUCCCAAAAACCCGUAUCAGUAUAAAUUCUGGUACGUGGUCAACUCCACGGGGUUCGAAUACAUCAUGUUCGUCCUCAUAAUGCUGAACACGCUGUGCUUGGCGAUGCAGCAUUACGGGCAGUCCAAGAUAUUCAAUGAUGUCAUGGACGUGAUGAACAUGGUCUUCACGGCUGUGUUUACCGUGGAAAUGGUUUUAAAACUCAUCGCUUUCAAACCCAAGGGGUAUUUUAGUGAUGCGUGGAACACCUUUGAUUCCCUCAUCGUUAUCGGCAGCAUUGUAGACGUGGUUCUGAGCGAAGCGGAUAGCUCGGAGGACAGCGCCAGGAUCUCCAUCACUUUCUUCCGCCUGUUCCGGGUCAUGCGGCUCGUGAAACUCCUGAGCCGAGGCGAGGGAAUCCGAACGCUGCUGUGGACCUUCAUUAAGUCCUUCCAGGCUCUGCCGUACGUCGCCCUGCUGAUAGCCAUGCUGUUCUUCAUCUACGCGGUGAUCGGCAUGCAGGUUUUUGGUAAAAUCGCAAUGAGGGAUAACACUCAGAUCAACAGAAACAACAACUUCCAGACGUUCCUGCAAGCCGUGCUGCUGCUCUUCAGGUGUGCGACGGGGGAGGCAUGGCAGGACAUCAUGCUGGCCUGCUUACCCGGGAAACGCUGCGACCCAGAAUCCGACUACAACCCCGGGGAGGAGAACACGUGCGGAAGCAACUUCGCCAUCAUCUACUUCAUCACCUUCUACAUGCUCUGCGCCUUCUUGAUCAUCAAUCUUUUCGUUGCUGUCAUCAUGGACAACUUUGACUACUUGACCCGCGAUUGGUCCAUCUUGGGGCCGCAUCAUCUGGAUGAAUUCAAGAGGAUAUGGUCAGAAUACGACCCGGAGGCCAAGGGUCGGAUCAAGCACCUGGACGUGGUGACGCUUCUCAGACGCAUCCAGCCGCCCCUGGGGUUCGGAAAGCUUUGUCCGCACCGAGUCGCCUGUAAGAGACUGGUCGCCAUGAACAUGCCGCUGAACAGCGACGGCACCGUUAUGUUUAACGCCACUUUGUUUGCGCUGGUGAGAACUGCCCUUAAAAUCAAAACAGACGGGAACCUGGAACAAGCCAACGAGGAGCUCCGGGCCGUCAUCAAGAAGAUCUGGAAGAAAACCAGCAUGAAGCUCCUGGACCAGGUGGUCCCCCCGGCCGGCGAUGAUGAGGUAACCGUGGGGAAGUUCUAUGCCACCUUCCUGAUACAGGACUACUUUAGGAAAUUCAAGAAGCGCAAGGAACAAGGACUGGUGGGGAAGUACCCGGCGAAGGACUCCACCGUGGCCCUCCAGGCCGGGCUGAGAACUCUACACGACAUCGGGCCUGAGAUUCGGCGGGCGAUAUCAUGUGACCUGCAGGACGACGAGCCGGAGGAGAAUGACCACGCCGAGGGGGGCGACGAUAUCUUCAGGAGAAAUGGCGGGUUGUUUGGUAACCACGUCAACCACGUGGCCAACGACCGGCAGGAUUCCUACCAGACUAACACGAUGCGCCGGCCUCUGCACGUCCAGCGACCGCCGGUCCGACCCACCGGCGACACCGAGAGGCCGUUUUACUCUCACGCCGGGAACGCUGUGCAUCGGAACCACGGGUAUGCGGGGCACCGCGUCUACAACUCCACCAACGCCAACCUCAACAACGCCAACGUCUUCAAACCGGUGACCGGGCGGCACGGCAGCCUCACGCCACACGACCACGCGUCUGAGAACGGCUACUACCUGCACCCCAGAGACCCCCCCGAAAAUCCCCGGAGAUCGAGCGUAAAAAGGAGCCGCUAUUAUGAGAGUUCUAUUAGGUCAGAGUCCGGACACCGGAACAUGCCUGUGAUCUUCCGUGAAGACCCCGAUUUCCUGGACGAGGACCCUUACCUCGGGGAGGGAGAGUAUUACAGCGAGGAGGAGGGCUACGAGGUAGACAGCAUGCUGUCUGGAAACAGACUGCCGUACGAGGAGCCGCCGCUGUGCCGGGCCGGCGACCUGGACUACGAAAGGCCGAAGGGCUACCAUCACCCCCACAGCUUCUUCGACGAGGACGACGCGCACUCGUGUUUUGAAACAAGACGAUCCCCGAGGAGACGGCUGCUUCCCCCGACCCCGCCACCAAACCGAAGAUCCUCGUUUAAUUUCGAAUGCCUGCGCAGGCAGAGCAGCCACGACGACGACCUGCCCCUCUCUCCGUCCUUUCAUCACCGGGCGGCCCUCCCGCUGCAUUUAAUGCAACAACAGAUCAUGGCAGUCGCCGGCCUGGACUCCAGCAAAGCCCAGAAACAUUCUCCGUGCCGCUCCACGCGAUCCUGGGCCACCCCGCCAGCCACUCCCAACCACAGGGAGCGGAGUCCCUUCUACACCCCGCUGAUCCGCGUGGACAGGGCAGAGUCCCGGGAGAAGAUGAACGGAAGCCUCCCUUCCUUACAGAGAAGCUCCUGGUACACGGACGACGCGGACGUCUCCCACCGAUCGCCGUUCUCCCAAUCCAACCUAAUGGUUCCCGACGACUUCCACAACAAACAGAGCGACAAGCAGCGGAGUGCCGACAGCCUGGUGGAGGCGGUGCUGAUCUCCGAAGGUUUGGGCCGAUACGCCAAGGAUCCCAAGUUUGUAUCGGCCACAAAACACGAGAUCGCCGACGCGUGCGACAUGACCAUCGAUGAGAUGGAGAGCGCGGCCAGCAACCUCCUGAAUGGCGGCAUCCGGAACGGGACCCCCGGGGCCGAAGUCUUCCCGAUCCUAAGCAGGCCGGACAACGAACUUCAAGACUACGGGCCGGGUUACAGCGACGAGGAGCCCGAGCCCAGCAAAGACGAGGAGGAUUUAGCUGAUGAAAUGAUUUGUAUAACGACUUUAUAGUCUUUAAUAAAUACAAAAAAACAUUUAGGAUUCUAUAAACACAAGAAAGUGCCUCGCAGUCAGCGACGUGCGGAAGACCAUCCAGACUUUCACGCGUGGAAGGAGCCACGGAUGGCGGGAGAA